AUGGACGAAAAUCAGACUGAAGCCAAAGCUCAUUUGCAAGAGCAUGGCUGGGCACGCAUUCCUUCCGUGCUCAGCAAAGAGGAGGCAGCUCAUGCUCUAGACCGGCUUUGGAAGGCCAAGGCGGCGGUAGAAGCCGAGGGAGAAGAGACGUACCUCGAGUUCCUGGAUCCCAAUCCCAGCAAUGUCCGUGUCUUUUACCUCAUGGCCGUCGACAAGAUCUUCCGCGACCUUAUCUCGCACCCCACCGCUAUCGAGAUGGUGAAGUCAGUUCUUGGUGACGAUUUUAUCAUCUCCAACUUCACCGCCAACAUCGCCCGCCCAGGAUCCAGGAGCAUGGCUUUGCACUCGGACCAGAGCAUUGUGUUCCCGGAUCCAUGGCAGGAUACGUGGGCUUUGAAUGUCAUCUGGUGUUUGACUGAUGUCACAAAGGAAAAUGGAGCGACACUCUACAUUCCUGGAUCAAAUAAGUGGAUGACGCGUAAGGAAGUGCCAGACAACGCGCCAGAGCUCCUCGUUCCGUUCGAGGGUAAGGCUGGGGAUAUAAUCGUAAUGGAUGGGAUGGUUUGGCACACGAGUGGCUCCAACACCACCAAAGAUCAGGACCGGGCUCUAUUAUUUGGGUACUACACUAAGGGUUUCAUGCGACAACAAGUGAACUGGACGGCGAAACUGUCCAAGGAAAUCCAAGACACUUUGACUCCGGAGCAGAAGCAGUGGCUCGGACUAGGGGUGGUAGGCAAUAUUGGCGUCACUGGUGACUUCAGGUACAUGUCAGUGCAAUAUCCCGAGUCAGGAUCAAAAGAGUAA